AGGGCCUGGAGGAUGUCGCGGCAAAUAUGAUUGUCUUGAACGACAACAUGGAGAGUCUUCUGGUUGUGGGUCAGUCUUUUGAGACCAUUGGUAAGGUGUGGGGGGAGUUCCACCAGGUGGUGACGAAGGAUGAAGACAAGGAGAACAAUUCUUACCGUUCCAAUUAG